CGUCACUUUAUACAUCCAUGGCAGUGCUGUUGUCAAAAAAGCCCUGGAGUUUCGUCUCUUUGCUUCUAUACUCUUCGUUAAAACUUUCCAGUUUGUGUCUAAUAAAUAUUGCUGAAACUUUUUGAAGGAAGAUUUGUGGUUUUUAAAGAAUAACUGAGUACAGUACAUAUACAUUGGGUUUAUUGGCUGUAAGAAUACACCAAACUCUAAUGUAAUCUUAGUCCUGGUUCUUAUCUUGAACCUAGCCUAAAGUAACCCUUGACAGAAGUGACUAGUAGCAGUUUCUUGUAUGCAGAAACACCCAGAGAGUAACAACCCAAAUCAGCCAAUCAGAAGCUGAGCAGUCAGAGUGAAAUAUGGAGACAAACUGGUCGAACCAGAAACAUCAGCUGUUCAGCUGAAUGAAAGAAUGUCGACCGUCCUUUUUUAACACAGAGAGAGAGACCGAGAUUACAGCCACAACAACUCACACUGAGGAUACAGGUCUGGAUAUUUGUUUUAACAGAAGAAUCAGACAGAAACAUGGAGACUGGAGCAGCUGUGCUCUCUGAAGUCUCCAACAAAACAAACAAACAAAUGUGUCUCGUUGAGGAACCUUCACAGGGAAAUGACCAAAAAGUGCCUGAAAUACAUCUCCAAAAGGACAAGGGGACCAAUGAAUGUGACCCAGAAAACCAAAAGGACAAAAACAUGACGAAAGACCUCCUUAAGGGGAGUUCAAGGGAUAGAAGGUCCAUAAAGGAGGACUUCAGCCAGUUGAAGGCAGAAGUGUUCAAGGUGUUCAGGGACAAAGACACAGACCCAUCGAGUCAGGCAGAAAAUAAACCUGCCACCAGCACGUUCAAUCUCCUGAAAGAGGACUUUAGCCAGUUCAAAGAAGACAUGACCAGCAUCUUCAGCUCAUCCAAUGAGACAAAGUCCACAGAUCCUAAAACCAGUCAGUCAGCAGAGAAGACGAUCAACCGUCUGAGCUUUCUUAAUUUUAAAGACGACCUCUCUAACGUCUUCAGAAUCGGUCCUUCAAAGGAGAGAGACAACAAGGGAGUCACUGCGAAGGAAGCCUCAUCCAGCACCUUCAAAAUAAAAGCUGAAAGGACAGAUGAACCCUUUUUACAGAGUCUCUUCAGAAGAGACCAAAAGACUUCCCGAAAAGCAGAGAACAGUCAGGAAAUUAAAAAGACAUUUUCAGAGACGAGCGAGGAACAAAUGGACGCUGGUUUUAGCGGAAACCUCUCAGAGCAGAACGAAGAGGCAGUCGAUACCCAGAAAAUCAACGCUAACAUGAAAGACAGGAUGAAUGAAGUGGAGGACAAGGAAGUGGACAUAACUGUCUCUGAUGAGACAAUGAGAAGUCUUUCUGAAACACAACAAACUGAGGAGGCACUUCCUACAUCACAGGCAGCAAAGCAGAGAUGUGAGAGUGAAGAGUGGAGUGACGACUUCUCUGUCGUGUCAGCAGAAGACGAGAGGAUAAAUGAGGAAGAAGAACAAGAACAAGAACAAGAACAAGAACAAGAACAAGAACAAGAACAAGAAGAGGAAGAUGAACCAUCAGAGACUCUUCCCUGGGAGCCUUUGUCCUCUGGGAUCAAUCUCUUUGGUCUGAGAGACCCAAACAAAGACAACCUCAGGGGUCAGCCGGGAGGAGACUUGUGGUCGGUGAAAAACUUUGCCUGUUAUUUGACCUUUGACCCCACCACUGCCAACUCAGAGCUCCAUCUGACCGAUUGCAACAGGAAGGCGACUCGAGUGUGGUCGGACCACCGGCCCUCGGACCACCCGGACCGGUUCAAGCAUUGCCCUCAGGUCCUGUGCAGGGAGGGGCUGCUGGACUCGGUUUACUGGGAAGUGGUGUGGAGCGGCGGUGCCGACAUCGGCGUCACCUACAACAGCACCUCCAGAGACGGAGACACGGCGAGCUGUCUGCUGGGACACAACGAGCGGUCCUGGAGUCUGGAGUGUUCAGAGGGAAGCUACACACCGUGCCACCAUAACAAGAGAUUCAGGUCCUCCUCACCACGACCCUUCACCCACAGAGUCGGGGUUUACCUGAACUGGUCUGCAGGCUCUCUGUCCUUCUACUGUGUCUCCCAGGACACCAUGGUCCAUCUUCACACCUUCACCUCCACCUUCACUGAGCCUCUGUACCCGGGUUUCUGGGUCUGGGCCUAUGACAGCUCGGUGUUGCUGUGUCAGGUGGAGUUAGACUGGGAACGAUUGCUGCAGUGAACCACUGAGAAUAGGGUAAGACAUAAGGGUGGAAUGGAGGGCAAUGCCGGAGUUAUGGCUCGGCUGUACAUGUAAAUGCAAAGAACGGUGUUCUGAAUAAUUGUAGGUCGAAGAGGAUCACAGAGGAUCACAGAGGAGCGGAUUCAGGCAUCAAGAAAGCUGAUUGGUUGACCCAAUUGCUGUCUUGAAAUGUAUGUAAUUAUUAUGCUCAAAAUCUAUACAUCUAAAAAAGAAACCAUGUUAGAGUUUUGUUUUUAAUUCAACAGGUACGUCUCCCUCGGCAACACAAGUCAUCUGUCACCCAUGUCAGUCGCAAAUAUCAUGUUCAUCAAAAUCAACUGGCAGUGACUGAAGACAUCGAAGACUCUUUAAAUGGUAAAUGGACUUGCAUUAAUACAGCACCCUUCUAGUCUUCUGACACUCAAAGCGCUUUACACUACAUGUCAGCAUUCACCCAUUCACACACACAUUCAUACAUUGAUGGCAGUGAUAUGGAAGUUGUUAUUGAACUUUAUUAGUUGUAAUCCACGGAAGACAAUCCACAAAUGUGUACCAUAAUUUCCAAAUAUUUUACUAUCCACAAACAUGUAUUUUUGUAUUUGUGUUGUGUAAAGUCACAUCUACAAAAACAUAGGGCGAUUUGCAAAUACGCAUAACAUACUCUGUAAAUACGUAUUUUAAUUCCACAUAAAAAUGUUAUAUGUUUACAUGUAAAGUGAUAUAUAUGCAUUAGUGCAUCCAUUUGUACACGUGGAAUGAUAUUUGCGCAUCUGCAGAUCGUUUCCUGUGCAUUUAUGGGCCACGUGACAUUUGCAACUUCCCUCUUGUGUGGUUACGUAAUUAUGUCUAAUUUGUACCACAGCAGAUCUGUAGAAACAAUCUGUAAGUAUGAGGUGCAUUUACUAGCUCCCCCAGAAGGCGGUGGCAUUCCCUCACAUGAGCUGACUGAACUACAGUCUAACGCUGCUGGCAGAAAGCUAGAACAAGAGUCAGUCUCACCACCAGGAGACAACCAACAGCCUGGCUUCUGGAGGUGAAAGACGACGUGGAACAUCUUUAUUUAACCCAACGGUCGUGAUUCAGGAUCGGGUUAAUCAUCUCCAGGGUGGUGUGCUGUUCUUGCUUAGCCUUUACUGCCGUUACCUACAGUUAGCUGUCUUAGUGUUAGCGGUGGUAACGUUAGCUAGCUGUGCGCAAGCUAGCUUGCGUUAGGACCCAGCGGUAGACAUAAAUCCAGGGGAGGGCAUCUGACUUCUGUGAGCGGGCCCAAUGUAAACACAAGGGCCUGACUUCCUGUCAGAGUUAGCUUUGUAAAAAUACAUGAUAAGCAUAGUAGUUAUGUAUUAAUUAUAUUAAUUAUAUAUUAAUUACAUUAUUUUUUUAUUUUUGUGGAUGUGACUUAACAUAACACAAGUAUGAAAAUGUUUGUGGAUAGUGACAUAUUUGGAAAUUAUGGUACACAUUUGGAGAUUGUCUUCUGUGGAUUUCAACUAAUAAAGUCCAAUCGAAACUUCCAUACAGAGGCUGCCGUGGGCCAAGGAUCGAACCGCUGACCUUCUGAUUGGUGGACGACCCGCUCUAACUCUGAGCCACAGCCGUCUCUUUACAUAUUACACACUAUAUGAUUAUAUCUCUCAACAGCUGACCCAGACCGGAGCAGACCCGGUCCAACUUGGUCCUAUUAGUCGUCACAAAUCAGAUUCAUCAUCACAUUAACACCUCGUCCUAAUGUGUGACCUUUUGCUAAUCUAAAACUUGAAGCACAUUUAUAAAUCCAGCUUAAGAUCUAAACAAGUCAAAGAUACCUGAAACUAAAAGACUGAACUCCCAAUGGCCUCGUUUUGUAUCGGGUCACUUCUGAAAAUGUUCUGAAGCCCAGAAUGAAACAUUUAUGAACCUUUAUAUUUAAUAUUAUUACUGUCUGCUGUUAUAUGUGUGUGGAUUUUGUGUUUGUGUGAUCCAACUGUUUGUGUAUUGUGUGUGUGUAAUGUGUGUAUGUUGUGUGUAUAUCUGACCUGUAACUGGGUCUCUUGACUCCCUCGGGACUCCUGCAGCUCUUUCUCCAGCUGCUCCAGACGAGCAACACGCACCUGCAACACGCACACGCACACGCACACGCACACACACACGCACACACACACAGUUCAGACACAGUUCAGACACGUCCAGAUGUGCUGUGUUUCCACCAACCAGCCGUCUGUGUUGUAUCUCAUCAAUAAUGGUUCAACAAUGUAAUUUAAUAAAGUUAUAUUGAAUCUGUUAUUAAUAAAUUUAAUUUGAUGACAUAAUCUGCUGUAGCUCAAGGUGUAAAUAGCCCCGUCCAAUCAGCAGCCUCGGUCUCACCUGUGUCCUCUGAACCAUCUCAUCGCUGGUACCGAAACGUUCCUCCAUCACAGAUCGAACCUGCUGGGCUUCAAACUCCAGCUGCUGCCUGAUCAGAUCCAUCUGCAGAGAAAACUACAACAACAACACACAGAGGUCAGAGGUCACAGACACAGAGGUCAGUGCAAAUCUGACAGUACAAGAAUUAAAGCUGAUUUACUCCCUGUGAGCAUUUCUACUUGUUACUGUAA